GCCACGACGCCGUUCUAAACCCCUCCUCUUUCCCACCCCUCUCCACCCCUCUCGCGCGCCAAGGGAGGACACCGCCGCCGUAGCCGCAGCAGGCGAGCGAGAUGGUGUUCGUGAAGAACCAGAAGACCAGGGCCUACUCCAAGAGGUUCCAAGUGAAGCCCAAGAGAAGGAGACAGGGGAAGACCGAUUACAGGGCCAGGCUCAGGCUCACUAACCAGGACAAGAACAAGUACAACACACCCAAGUACCGGUUUGUUGUGCGAUUUACCAACAAAGAUGUCACUGCCCAAAUUGUGUAUGCUACCAUUGCUGGUGAUAUCGUGAUGGCUGCUGCCUAUUCCCAUGAGCUUCCUCGUUACGGUGUCGAGGUUGGCCUCACCAACUAUGCUGCAGCCUACUGCACUGGCCUGCUUUUGGCUCGCCGCGUAUUGAAAUACCGUGAGUUGGAUCAGGAAUACGUUGGCAAUGUGGAGGCCACUGGUGAGGACUUCUCUGUUGAGCCAUCUGAUGAGAGGAGGCCUUUCCGUGCUCUCUUGGAUGUUGGCCUUCUUAGGACCACUACUGGAAACCGUGUGUUUGGUGCCCUUAAGGGAGCUUUGGAUGGUGGCCUUGACAUUCCUCACAGUGACAAGAGAUUUGCUGGUUUCAAGAAGGAUGAGAAGCAGCUGGAUGCAGAGGUUCACCGCAAGUACAUCUAUGGAGGGCAUGUUGCUGACUACAUGAAGUCACUAGCUGAAGAGGAACCUGAGAAGUACCAAUCUCACUUCAGUGAGUACAUUAAGAGGGGGAUCGAGGCUGAUGGCAUGGAAGCGAUGUACAAGAAGGUUCAUGCUGCCAUCCGUGCCGAUCCUACCAUGGCCAAAUCAACGAAGGAACCUCCAAAGACACACACGAGGUACAAUCUGAAGAAGCUGACCUACGAGCAGAGGAAGGCCAGUCUCGUCGAACGACUCAAUGCCCUCAACUCAUCUGCUGGUGCUGAUGUCGAUGAGGAUGACGACGAGUGAGGAGUGUAAUUGACCGCCCCUAGGCCCCUAUAUAGUGAUAUGUUUAUGCCUCUAGAUGAACUUGCUCUCUUAUGCCAUUUACCAGUAGUUUUGCGAGAUUUUAGCACUCUGCACAUUAGGCGUGCCUCUCUCGAAUUUGAGUAGCAUGCUGGAGUUCUUGAUUAUCUUAAUCUAUACAAGGUACUGGCAUUUUGACAUUGCUUUGAGUUUG